GCGCUGGUAACUUUUAACAGUGCAGGCACGGUCACACUGCGUGUGUUCUUCAUCUCGAAUCGCAUUUAAAUUUUAAAACGCUGGCAAAAAUCUCACUAGCUUAAGAUACAAUUUAGUUUUCGUUUAAGUGCAACGCAAAGUCCUCCCUCCCCCGCCCGCAGAUCCAUCGUUUAGUUUUCAAUUUCUCCACACCAUUGUACACGCACUGCUAUUGUUGUUGUUGCUGCUGCUGCUGCUUCCACUGGUAUUAUUGUUGUUGUUGUUGGUGCAAGGACGAGUGACGUCCUUCGAAAAAGGCGCAACAAUUUACCCCGCGCAACAAGGUGUUUUCGGGGGGUGGCGGGAAAAUCAAUAAAUAGCAAAGAGCAAGUGCAUACACAAGUGCUAGUUCCCAUUGUGUAUGUAUUGAUGUAGGUAGGCAGCCAACUGCAAAAUAGAACAACAGCCAACGAAGCUCAGCUCAACACAAAGGAAUUUGGAACGAGGACAGGAGCCCCUAAUAUGGACAACGCGGGCGAGGACAGCGACAACGAUGUGGUCACCGAUUUCCUGAACUCCAACUGCACCGAAUCCUCUGAAGCACUGGUCAAUGGUGGUGGUUCUUCUGCCCACAACCGGGGCGCCUCCAUCGAAAGCCAAAACUACUGCAUACCCGUUAUAAACGCACCUGCUCCUGCACCUACGCCCGCUGCAGCUGCUCCUGUUCCCAACUCCAAUUCCACUCCCGCCAGCAUUAUCAACAACAACAUGAUACCCAUCAUUAAUGUGACGCCGCACAGUCCGGCCAUGGCUUCCAAGUAUAACAACAUAUUCGAGGACACGCUCAGCCAGCUGCAGAAUAUCCGGGAAACGGUCGUCCAGAUGAAGAACUCCUCCUCGACCAGCCAGCACAUGCAGGACGGCAGUUUGAGCAAUCAUGGUCUGCUCAGCGCAGCCAUACUGAGUGCCUCGCUGCCCGAUCUCACGGGCACGGGUGCAGGACCAGUUGCCGCUGGCGCGAACUAUGCAAUGUGGUCGUCCACGGCACCGCAGCAAUGCUUGCUGCUGCACACGGACCGCAGGAAGUCGUGGACUGCAGUGGACGAUGCCAACGGGGGUGGCGGUGACUGCACCAACAAGAGCGUCAGCCUAUCCAGCCUGGACAGCGAGGAACAGGAGACCAUCCGCGUCACCGAACAGCGUCGAAGGUCGGCCAGAAACAGCACUGGAGGCAUUUCCACCCACUCGCUAAACGAGGCGGAGCUGGCCCGUGACUUUGAGAGAAUUGCAGCCAAACGGAGCCUGGCUACGGAAAUCAUUAGCCGGAUACCGCUGCAAAAGAGCAUAUCAACGAGCUCCAUUAUUGCCAAGGAGGAUAUCAAGGCGAUCGCCCGCCACCUCACGGACAGCGAGGAUGAGAACCAAAGCCUGUUGCGGGCCCACGCAAAAAUCGAGGUCUACGACAACGUAGAGAAGCGUCCCAAGCGCGGUUCCAUAUUCUUCCGCAAGAAGAAGCCAAAAGCGAAAACGAAGUCCCUAAUUGGAGGGCAACUUAGUGCUUGCGACGUAUGCGGGGCAGCCAUCACGCUGGCGCAAAUCAAGGAGCACCACCUGGAGUGCAAGGUGAAGAAGAUGGGCGGGGGCCAGGACUUCUACGACGGGCCGGAUGCCAACACCUAUAGCAACCCAGAGGAUCAGCCACUGAUACGUUCAGACUUGCAGUUUCUCAACGACCCUCUCAUCGAAGCGCAGGAUCUGGGAGCUGAUCCCGCUUUGGGCAUCGUUCUCAAGGAACACGACUCUUGGACCCCGAAUGUUCCCAGAGACAUGCUCAAGACGCUGAAGGAACUGCAAAUAAAGCGCCAGGAACAUAUCUAUGAGUUCAUCAUGACCGAGAAGCACCACUGCCAGACCCUGAUUGUCAUGCAGAAGGUGUUUGUGGAGAGUCUGGAGCGGCACUUUCCAUCCCUUAACCUGAACAGCAUGUUUCCGCGUCUGCAACAGCUCACCGAUCUGCACACCUGCUUCCUGCGCCAGUUGCGACUCAAACAGCGCGAGCAUCCCAUGGUGGACAGUAUUGCCGACAUCCUACUGGACUUCUUCUCCUUGGAGCAGGCUCAGUGCCUGCGUUUGGCCUACGGAGAGUUCUGCGCCAAUCACCGGAGCGCCCUGGACCAGUUUAAGCUCUGCUUGACCGAACCGAGCUUCUCCGAGUGGUACAAGCACUGUCUGCAGAAUCCGUUGCUCAAGAAAAAGGGCAUCCCCGAGUGCAUCUUAUUCGUGACCCAGCGCCUCACCAAAUAUCCCUUGCUUAUCGAACCACUGCUGAAGAGUGCCAGGGAUAACAAGUUGGAGACAGACAAGCUGCAACAUGCCCUAAAUCUGGUCAAAUCUCUCCUGGUCGAUGUUGAUGCGUGUGUGGCGGAGAAGGAGUUGCGCGAGCGACAGCUGGAGAUUUACGGUCGUGUGGAUGCGAAAUCCUUUGCGAUCUACAAGAACAAGCCCUUCCGUAAAACUGAGCUUGGGGUGGAGUCACGACGACGUCUGAAAUUCGAUGGAUUGGCCACCCUUAUGCAGGGCAGGGCCAAGACGCAGCUUGUUCUAGUGGUGGUUCUUACCGACUGCCUGUGCUUUCUCAGCGAGAACUCCGGCCACAACAAGUACUCAUUCUUUACGCCGGAACACAAGGCGGGUGUGGUUCCGCUCCAGAAACUGCUCAUCCGCGAAAAGGCUGGCACCGAGUCUCGAGGAAUAUAUAUCAUAAGCUCCAACCCUGAUUUUCCCGAGAUGUAUGAGUUGAAAGUGCAAACGCCAAAGGACAAGAACACCUGGAUUCAAACCAUUCGUCAGGCUGUGCUUGACUGUCCAGCAACGGACAUCAUCGAGGCUGAGGAUCUGACGGCAGAGGAAAAGCUAAGAAUAGGCGUAAACAAAAGGGAAACCAUUGAAAAGAUGAGACAGAAGGAUAUUGAACAGGCUCUACUCCUAGAAGAAAAGCUGAUGCUUCAGUUUAAUUUGCUCAAGGAGCAGCAGCCCUUUGGAGACGUUCCCGGCUCAAAUUCUAAUGGCAGUGCGGCCAACUUCCUGGCAGCCUUUGGCUCGUACAAGGAUCUCGUUAGCGCCGACUGUGACACGACUGAGCUCUGGCGCAGAGUGCUUAACACGGUGCAGGACAUCAGCCAGUUGGCGUCUACCAUCUACACAGCGGCCACGGGUCAGCCGGUGUCCAGGACGCUGAGUAGUGUGGGCGAGAAGCAGAGCGAGCAGUUCGCCUCGCCCACGCUGCCAAAGCGGGCGGAAACAUUUGCCGGAUUUGAUGAGAAGCGUGGCAAGCUGGCCUCUAAGCUGGUGCUCACGCCCCGUCUCCAGGAACUGGAGGAGAAGCGAGAACCAAAGAGCGGCACAGGUUCCGUGGUGGAUCAGCCCUUGGAGAACAAUUACGCCGUGCUACAGGUGUCGCACCAUCUGCAAACUCUUUUGUGCAUCAUCUCCCAACAGAUGACCACCAUCCAUAAUUUGCAACUGCAGUUGGCCCUAUACCGGGAGAGUCCUCGCUCAAGUGCUUACACGCACAAGGAUCAACUGGAGGAGUUGCGCAAUCUGCAGGACAAGCAGCAGGAGGAAAAGACCGCCUGGCAGCGCCAGCAAAAGCAGCAACAAGAGGAACUCGCCGAGAUGCGGGCACAGCAGCUCCAGUUGCAGAAGCAGAUCAAAGCCGAGCAGGAAGAUGUGCGUCAGCAGCGUGAACAGUUGUACAAAAAGAUGGAACUUCUGUCCAGUCAAGGCCUGUUGCUGUCGCCCAGCACUCCGCUGCCACCGGUUAAUACCAAUCAUUCCCACCAUGUUGGUCAUUUGGAUGACAACCAUGAGACGGACAACGGAGUAAGUGGAACGGGGAGCAGCACGCCCAGUGUGACCGGGACAGUGGAUCGACGCAAGGAGCGAUGGUUGAGUGGCCCCUCCAACUGCAAAACUCCACCGGUGAAUUUGCUCAGCGCUAACAAUGCACCCAAAGCCAAUUCCACUCUGGUCAAACAGAAGUUGCCCAUGAAGCUCUCUUCGCUCUCGUCCAGCGGUAGUUCAAGCACCCGCGUGGACAAGUCCGCUAGCUUCAACAGCGCCUCUCCGGCACCCUACACCUCCUCCGGCAGUGUUCAGCAGAUGUUUCCGCUUAAGCUGGCUGAUCGGAGGAUUGGUACGCCCUCCAACUCUGCCAGUGCAACGACUCCCACAGGUAUAGUGCCGCAGCAUUCGCGCACCGGAAGCUCGCCGGCGAUCAUCCAGCAAACAACGACAACGGUAACUCCCACUCAGAGCGCAGUAUCCCGAGCAGAUUCCGCAGUCCACUAUACACGGACACCGACGAGCAGCCGGACGGGAAUUGCAAGAACGACAGGAAUUGGUGUGGCCACUGGCCCAGCUCCUCGAGCAAAGCCCGAGGAAGAGGAGAUCUACUUCUGACGCCAGUUCACGCCAGAAGUCGAGAUCUAAAUGUUGAAUCAUUUAAACCUAAGCAUUCCGUUCUCCUCUUCUUCAAAACAAAGACGAAGACCUGAAUUUAUUGAAAAAUGAAUUCGAUCCAAAACAAUAACAGUAAUUGGAAAUGUUUCUCCAUAUCUGUUAAACUGUACUUAAACCAUUCCAAAUUCUACAUUGCAUUUUUUCAUACUGCCCUUUUUAGGCUCAACAUCGCAUAUCUUUAAUUUAAGCCAACGUACUGUACUUAAUGGUAUUUUUCGCAGACUCGCUACCGAUCCAAUGCAUCUCAAACUGUUCAGUAAUUUAUUUUAAAAAUUAUUUAUUAACAAUUAUUUAUAUAUAUUUUAAAGCAAUUUACUUCUGACAAAUUUUUUAUUACAUUAAGUGUGAUUGUUUUCUAACGAAUUUUACUUCUUCCAAUAAAGAAACCUAUUAAAUAUUUAUGAUACAUACAUAUAACCAAAACGAAAAAGAAAUGUAAAAAGUGUUUAUGAAUUGAGAGGACACUCUAACCUGAUCCUAAUCCUUCUCAUCUCAUUGCAAUAUAUUAAGCUCGCUUCAAUAAAUGUUUAAAAUUAUAAAAUCUAGA